GUAUUCUGAAGGAGUCCAAAACUCCGUGACCCGGAAGUACUUAGUUAUUAAUGCCCGCUUCACAGCGGUGUGGGUCUUUAUUUACUAUUCCAGGCAGUUUCUUAUCAAGAAUCGUGAAAAUGGAAGACGAAUGGGAGGAGGAGGUAAGACCAAAGAGUAGUCGCAACAGAUAGUGACUUUGCUUAUUCGUCUCUGGUUGUAGUGGUGAUUCCCUAUGAAACGCCACUGGCACAGAAUGAGAGCAGUUUGUGAAGCGACCAAAUACAAUUGGCAUUCCAGACGUAUAUCUUUGGUUGGGUGAAGUUCCCAUUUAUUUCAGAAUAUACAAUAAAAAUGAGCAAUACAUUUGAUUUACCGAACAAAUGUGCAGAGAGUUGUAUUACAUGCUGAUCUAGUGAGAAGGUAAGAACCAUAUGCUCUCCUUCAACCUGUGAGCUAACACUUUCCGGCGUCCCUAUUUUUUUAUUUUUUUUUGUGAUCCAAUUGACAUUUUAGUCGUUUAGCAGACGCUCUUAUCCAGAGCGACUUACAAUUAGUGAGUGCAUACAUUUUUCAUACUGGCCCCCCGUGGGAAACGAACCCACAACCCAUCCGUUGCAAGCGCCAUGCUCUACCAACUGAGCUACAGGAGGGCCAAUAUCCCCAAGGGGGCCUCUCAAACAUCUAUCCUACCUCCUGAAGUGUACACUCGUUCACUACUUCCCACACAUGAUUAAUGUUUUUCUUGCACGCUGCCUCUCCCUCUGCCUGCGUGUUCCAAAUGAGGCUGUCAGGCUGAACAGGGAUUCAUGAAAGGGAAUGCGGCUUUUUGGUAGAUGUCGUCCCUCAAGGAGGCAAGAAAUAGAUUUCUAUUCGAAAAAGUAGAGUAUUUUCACAAGGAGUCAUUUAAUUGGAUUUCGGAGGAGGAAUGAAAGGAAAAAAAGAAUGAGAAGCAGAGGUUGAAUUUGACUCUGAAGAUGGCGAAAAAGAAGAAGAUGGUGUGUCGAAGAAGAUUGUUGUCAAGUACAAACAGAGUGAGCCGUACACCAUACCGAGUUCUGGAGGUGAAAUUAAUUAGGGCAAAUGAAGUGAGGAGUGAGGUGGGUGGUGUGGUGAAGAGCUCGGAGUCCGAGCCUUGCAUUGAUGGACAUGAUAAAGAAUAAUCUGGUCCAGUAGAAGCAACAUUUUUGGAGAGAGUGGAUCCUUGCUCUUUGCCGGAUCUAGUUGUGGGUGGGAAAGGAUUAGGUAUAGUUGAAUCAGUGAAGGUAACCCGUAGUGGACUUGUGAUUUAGUUGUUUGUGUUACUUCCGCCCAGAGGGAGUCGGCACUGUGUCACGCAAUUUAGGUUAAGAUCUGUGUCAAAUAGGGGAGAGGCGUGAGGUGUUGCUUUAUACUGAUGUUAUCUGAUAGCAAGUUAUUGAUUUCAUGAACCUUAUUUCUAAGGCUACAUAUAUUAAUAUGGGCUAUUUUCAGCCCUUUUCUGGGUAGCUUCUCAUAUAUAUACGUAAUAUGGAAAAUAACAAACAAAGCAAGAUAAUUUAAAAAAAUAUAUAUAUACAUUCAGUAGUCCAUUAAUCAAUUGGUGUGUGUGUGUGCUGAGGGGUUGAAGCUACGAACCCAUAGGCUUGGCUCUCAUCCUUUCCAGGCUUUUGGGGGGGAGGGUGGACUAUGAGCCUGUCAUAUCAGAUGUAAGCAAUGUCCCCAUGCUCUCUGGCAGCUUUCAUGGCCGGGAUCAGUUAUUUUGUCUUCUGGCGCACAGCUUCAGGAUAGUCCUCAAUUAGGAAGAUGUACAGUGCAUUCAGAAAGUAUUCAGACCCCUUGACUUUCUUCACAUUUUGUUACUUUACAGCCUUAUUCUAAAAUUGAUUAAAUUGUUUUUCCCCCUCAUCAAUCUACACCCAAUACCCCAUAAUGGCAAAGCAAAAACCGGUUUUUAGACAUUUUUGCUAAAUUAUUACAAAUAAAAAAAACUUUAAUAAUACAUUUACAUAAGUAUUCAGACCCUUUACUCAGUACUUUGUUGAAGCACCUUUAGCAGCGAUUACAGCCUUCUUGGGUAUGACGCUACAAGCUUGGCACACCUGUAUUUGGGGAGUUUCUCCUAUUCUUCUCUGCAGAUCCUCUCAAGCUCUGUCAGGUUGGAUGGGGAGCGUCGCUGCACAGCUCUUUUCAGGUCUCUCCAAAGAUGUUCGAUCGAGUUCAAGUCCCGGCUCUUGCUGGGCCACUCAAGGACAUUCAGAGACUUGUCCCGAAGCCACUCCUGCGUUGUCUUGGCUGUGUGUUUAGGGUCGUUGUCCUGUUGGAAGGUGAACCUUCGCCCCAGUCUGAGGUCCUGAGCGCUCUGGAGCAGGUUUUCAUCAAGGAUCUCUCUGUACUUGGCUCCGUUCAUCUUUCCCUCGAUCCUGACUAGUCUCCCAGUCCCUGCCGCUGAAAAAUAUCCCCACAGCAUGAUGCUGCCACCACCAUUCUUCACCGUAGGGAUGGUGCCAGGUUUCCUCCAGAUGUGACGCUUGGUAUUCAGGCCAAAGAGUUCAAUCUUGGUUUCAUCAGACCACAGAAUUGUGUUUCUCAUGAUCUGAGUCCUUUAGGUGUCUUUUGGCAAACUCCAAGCGGGCAGUCAUGUGCCUUUUACUGAGGAGUGGCUUCUGUCUGGCCACUCUACCAUAAAGGCCUGAUUGGUGAAAUGCUGCAGAGAUGGUUGUCCUUCUGGAAGGUUCUCCCAUCUCUACAGAGGAACUCUGGAGCUCUUUCAUAGUUACCAUUGGGUUCUUGGUCACCUCCCUGACCAAGGCUCUUCUCCCCCGAUUGCUUAGUUUGGCCGGGCGGCCAGCUCUAGGAAGUGUCUUGGUGGUUCCAAACUUCCAUUUAAGAAUGAUGGAGGCCGCUGUGUUCUUGGGGACCUUCAAUGCUGCAGAAAUGUUUUGGUACCCUUCCCCAGAUCUGUGCCUCGUCACAAUCCUGUCUCGGAGCUCUACGGACAAUUCCUUCGACCUCAUUGCUUGGUUUUUGCUCUGACAUGCACUGUCAACUGUGGGACCUUAUGUAAACAGGUGUGUGCCUUUCCAAAUCAUGUCCAAUCAAUUGAAUUUACCACAGGUGGACUCCAAUCAAGUUGUAGAAACAUCUCACGGAUGAUCAAUGGAAACAGGAUGGACCUGAGCUAUUUUUAAAAUCCAUUUUAGAAUAAGGCUGUAACGUAACAAAAUGUGGAAAACGUCAAAGUGUCUGUAUACUUUCCGAAUGCACUGUAUGUUCCCCUCAAGUUCUUGGUUCUUUCCAGAACCGCUACCUUGUCCUUGAACCUCAGAAACCUGACGACUAUCGGCCUGGGCCUGUCACCUGGGCCGGUGGUGGGUUUCCCAGUCCUGUGUCCGCGCUCCAACUGAAUCUUCCUGUGGUCCAUCUUCAGUUUCUCCAAGAUCAUUUCCUUCACUUUAUCCUCAAACUUCGUCCAGGUCUCGUGGAGAUUCUGCAAUUCCGUCUACAACAAUAUUGUUCCGCCUUGAUUGUCCCUCGAGAUAAUCUGAUUUCUCCAUCAUUGUUAUCAUGGAUUCACUUACAGAACUAAUGUCCUCUCUCAAUGACUUACAGAUUAUUGUCAUCUUGCCGUUUUCCUUUUCAAACUCAUCGAGCUGACCCUGGGAGAACUGCAAACUGUUCUUCAGGUCCUGGACCUCUCUGGUCAGGUCGUCCAUUAUUUUAUUAGUUGACUAUUUUCUUGUUGUUUUUAACAACUGCUUGUAAAACUAUUUUUGUUCAUUUAAAAGAUCCUUCACCUGUGAUAGAGACACACCACUAUCCUCAACGGUACUCCCACCGGCUUUGGUCUUUGUCAUGGUAACAACGUAGGCUACGCUGUUACUCCCCGCAAUUCCAGACAGGGCAGGUCACAGGGAACUGGAUGCCAACCGCCGUUAAACCCCACCGAAGGAGAAGACUUCCCUCAAAUCUAAAAGCAUUGGAUUGGUCGAACUAGGCUAGAGGGAGUUUUCACCAUAUUUCUUAUACCAGUCAUUUCCUUUCAUAUCAGUGAAGGCAAAUUAACAAGUGCACACUUUGGGAGAAAGGAGAGAGAGUAUUGGGAUGCACCUGUAGUGUACAAAUGGCCCCUACAGUAGUCUAGAGACCUCUGGUAAGACUGUCUACCAUAAAAUGUGUUGGCUAUCUAGUGUUGUUUGCCAUCUAAUGUUGCAGUGUUUGUUGUGAUCAGAAAGACCCUCUACCAUGGAAAAAUGACUGAAGAGAAUUUCUUCAAUUUUUUUGCAUCUCUUGUUCUCUUUCUCCCUCCUCUGUCUUUUUAGGAGCAGUUGGUUGUGGUUGAGCUCUCUGGUAUAAUUAACUCAGAUUUUUUGACCAAGUGUCAGGGCACCUGCAAGAUUCUGGUGAGUGAUCUGGCUUCACUUUCUCGCACGCUACAGUAGGUUGCAAAGAAAACAUUGAAUGAAACCUGUAUGUUCCUCCUCUCCUGUUGAUUGUCUGAUUUGUUGUAUUGAAGGACAUUGACAGUGAGCAGCCAAUGAUGCAGGUGGGAAGGUACGUGUUUGCAGGAGAGUAUGACGGUAAGUGUAUUAAUUAUUGGUGGAUUCUAUUUGCUUACACCUUACAACAUUUUACAUUUUAGUCAUUUAGCAGACGCUCUUAUCCAGAGCGACUUACAGUUAGUGCAUACAUGUAUUUUAUUAUUUUUUUAUACUGGCCCCCUGUGGGAAUCGAACCCACAACCCUGGCAUUGCAAGCGCCAUGCUCUACCAACUGAGCUACACGGGACCUAUAACAACAACAUAUUUGCAGAAUUCCUAAUCGACCCCUUGCCCCUGCUCCCUAUGCACACUUUAGAUCUGAAGGGACUGGAUGAAUAAAAACAACUCAACAUGUCACUUGUUGCAUCUUUCCUACUGAUAGACUAGGUGGAAGAGUUGCCGUAUUGCUACAGGAGUAUCUAGGGAAGAUGGGCUAGGGGUCUGUUUUUAAUACAACAUUUGUUAUGAAUUUGUGUUAUCCAUUUUCCAGGAAAUUAAUGUAGUUCUACAUGUUUAGGAGUAGUGUUCUUAUUAGUGCCCUUUUGUUGUGAUACUGAGUUACAGACUGAGUAUCUGUUUAACUCUCCCCUCUCUGUCUCUCUCUUCUCUCCCCCAUCUCUCCUGAAAGAUGCUCUGGGCACCUGUGUGCUCUUCGAGGAGGGACAGUCGAGUGGUGAGUUUAUUGACGAGUGGAGAGUUUUAUAGAGGUGAACUAAUCUUCACUCUGUGUUACGUUCUCUCUCCUCUCUCUCUCUCUCCCGUGUGUGUGUGUUUGUUUGUUUAGGGGCAGACCCUGAAGCCAGUCCAGAGCUGAGCUAUAAGUGCCACACAGUUAAGAGACUGAUGAUGCAGAGAACCUUCCUUGCUGAGAAAAAGGAAGGAGACAACAGCUCAGGUACACACUCACACACACACUGACUAUUGUGCUGUGCUCUCUAUUUUGGAUCAAUACUGUGGUCCUCUGUAGCUCAGUUGGUAAAGCAUGGCGCUUGCAACGACUGUAUAGUGGGUUUGUUUCCUGGGAGCACCCAUACGUAAAAAUGUAUGCAUGCAUGACUGUAAGUCGGUUUGGAUAAAAGCUUCUGCUAAAUGGCAUAAUUAUUGAUUAUUAUAAUUAAAUGUGGUGGGGUUGGACCUUUGCUUCUAGUGACUCUAUUCAAUGCACAUUUUACUGCACAAUACAGUGCCUUUGUACCCAAAGUCAAACAUUGAGAUGCUUGAAUUUAGCUCUGUUUUUUUAUGCAACAUGAAGAUGCUUGAAUGUGGCUGUUUGUGUUGUUUGUUGCUGUUGCAGGAGACUUUCAGUUUCGGCCACUGAGUGACGGAAUGUCCCCAGCCAGACUCGACUCACUCUCUCACUUCAUCCAGAACCCAAAGAGGACCUCCAAGCCAGCAGGGGAAGGGGGAGCACACACGAUGGGGCACAAGACCGGGUAGAGAGGUCAGGCAGGACACUGGCAGCAACUCCAUUAAUUAGGAUUUACCUUUGAUUUGUAUUGGAUUUAUGUUUUUGUACUGCGUAUGUUGUUGAAAUAAAUUAUGCUUUCUAGCCAUGUGUUGUGCUUGAUUUAACGUAUUCUAGUACUUCAUAGAUGGGAUAUUUCCUGAUAUAAUGGAAUUGAGAACUGCUUAAAUCUCUCAUACAGUAUCUCUAUUUUAUCACCAUCACCUCAUUCCUUCAUUUCAGAAUAUCCCCACUCAAUCGGAAUGUCAAUGAUUGAUGAUGAAAUGGGCAUGCAGUUUGAGAGGGGAUGCACUCAUGCAGAUCCUACUAAUACACUUGGUUGUGUGAUGCAGUUAAAAAAUAUAUAUAUAUAAUGUCACAAAAAGAAAUAAAAGUCAGUGUUAGAAA